AUGCAGUGGAGGCGUACACUAACAGUAAUAAAAAAAGAAAUAAUUAAAUUUCUGAAGGACCUAUCCGGGAAUACGCCACUUGAGAAUACUCACGUGGAUAUGAAAGAGAGAUUAUUUAAUGUACAAGAAAUAGCACAGUGCAUAAAAAUAAUUGUUGAUAAAAUGGAAUCAGAAGGGAUAGAGAAUGCCGUAUCUAUGCAUAAUAUAUCUGAAGUGUUCUCUUUAAUCAUAAGGAUAUUAUGGCAUGGGACAGAGAAUGAACCCAUACAUAAUAUUACAGUACUUAUACAGAGCACAGAAGGCAUAUUCGGUAUAAAAGACCAUAUUUCAUCACAAAUAACAGAAUUUCUUAUGCACCCACUGAGUAAAACAGAGUACGAUUCUUUCCCCGUGUGUAUGAGUGCAUUAUCAAAAGUUCAAAUGGAAAUUCUUCCUCAAGUAGAAACACUCUUAGAAGAACCCCAGAAGAAAGAAGUGCUUUUAAAACUAAAAGAACUAAAAAGUAAAGCGAAUGAAAUGGGAAUAAAGUACUUAACACAGAAAUUGAAAGAGGCAGUCUGUGAUGAAGAAUUCCUUAUGGCAGUAGUAAGAGUUAAAGUACUAUUCUCAGAGAAUAAACUGAAUGAUUCUUCUUUAGAGUAUAAUGUCAUAAGUACAUCUAUUUCUAAUGUAGGAUUAAAAACAGAUAUGACAAAGUAUCUACUUAGAAUGUACAUAUCAGAUAGUUCUAUUAGAACAGUACUUAAAAAUGAAAUAUUACCAAAUAAUUACUCCCAGUACAAAAAACAGUUUUCUAUUUUAUCCGGGUAG